GCCUUCACUGUGACAGUGUCUGUGCUGAGGGACAGUGGGGCCCUAAUUGCUCAUUGUCUUGUUACUGCAAAAAUGGAGCAUCCUGCUCUCCAGAUGACGGAAUAUGUGAGUGUGCACCAGGGUACAGAGGCACCACUUGUCAGAGAAUUUGUUCCCCUGGGUUUUAUGGACACCGCUGCAGCCAGACGUGCCCCCAGUGUGUACACAGCAGUGGUCCCUGCCACCAUAUUACUGGCUUAUGUGACUGCUUACCUGGAUUUACAGGAGCCCUCUGUAAUGAAGUGUGUCCCAGUGGCAGAUUUGGCAAAAACUGCAUUGGAAUAUGCACCUGCACCAAUAAUGGAACAUGUAAUCCUAUUGAUAGAUCCUGUCAGUGUUACCCUGGCUGGAUUGGUAGUGACUGCUCUCAGCCUUGCCCACCUUCCCACUGGGGACCAGACUGCAUCCACACAUGCAACUGCCAUAAUGGAGCUUACUGCAGUGCCUAUGAUGGGGAGUGCAAAUGUACCCCUGGAUGGACUGGCCUUUACUGUACACAAAGAUGUCCCUUAGGGUUUUAUGGGAAAGACUGUGUGUUGGUAUGCCAAUGUCAGAACGGAGCCGACUGUGACCACAUCAGUGGGCAGUGCACCUGCCGCACAGGGUUCAUGGGGAAGCACUGCGAGCAAAAAUGUCCUCAAGGUACUUAUGGGUAUGGAUGCCGGCAGAUCUGUGACUGUCUGAACAACUCCACCUGUGACCACAUAACGGGAAUAUGUUACUGCAGCCCAGGCUGGAAAGGGGCCAGGUGUGAUCAAGCUGGUGUAAUUAUAGUGGGAAACUUGAACAGUUUAGGCCGCACCAGUUCUGCCAUCCCUGCUGAUUCUUACCAUAUAGGGACUAUAGCAGGCAUCAUCAUUCUUGUCCUACUUUUGCUUUUCCUGCUGGUGCUGUUCAUCAUUUACAGACAUAAACAGAAAGGAAAAGAAACAAAUAUGCCCGCAGUGACCUAUACCCCUGCUAUGAGAGUCAUCAAUGCAGAUUACACCAUUUCAGACACCAUACCUCACAGUAAUGGUGGAAAUGCUAACAGUCACUAUUUCUCUAACCCAAGUUAUCAUACUUUAACUCAAUGCUCUACCCCUUCUCAUGUCAACAGUAUGGACAGACUGACCCUGGCAAAGGCAAAAAACAAUCAGCUAUUUGUGAACCUUAAAAAUGUGGAACCUGGAAAAAGAGGCACCAUCAUGGACUACACAGGAACACUGCCUGCAGACUGGAAACAUGGUGGCUACCUCAAUGAGCUUG